CUUUGCAAAAUGGCCCCAAAAGGAGGAACAUGUUUGUUUCUACUCAUUGUGGCCUGUGCAGCCUUGGCUAACCCCCCAUUUAUGAUGCCUGGAAAAUCUGACUUCAAGCAAACGGUGAAAAAACUGAUGAUGAAGUGCCAGAAUAAGGGAUACCAGGAGCCUAAGAUGAUGCUGCUGAGCAGUAUUUUCAAUAAUAGUGAUUUGCCUAUGGAGGGUAGAAAUGCUGACUCAUCCAACAACCUCCUAUCCACUUUUCUUGAUGUCCUGAAUUCAGUCACUGGGGGCACAAACAAAGAUUCACUUAGCCAAGUCCCCAUGGACGACUCAAAUAAAAUGACAAACCAGAUGUGGAACUGCACCAAUCUUACACACAUGAUCAGGCUGAUGAGGAACUCCUCCGAGGCAUCUGCAUGUUACAUACGAGCCUUUGUGGCCCCUAUGUCUUGGACAACUUUGACCAUACAAGGUGAAAAUAAAGUGGACUCGGACAAUUAUGACACACUGCUGUGGGCUGCCAAACCUGCACUGGAGGAUAUGCCUUCUUCAAAAAUGACUCUUCCUACCAAAGUAGAGGGCCAGAACAUGAAAAAGAUGAUGGAGAUGCUGCAGGAGGUGUAUGAUCCCAUGUCUGAGGAUCAAAGGACUCAGGUGGCAAAAUGGGUAAAAGAGCAGAUCUCUCAGAAUUACUUCAACUGUACAACAAUGCCACCAUCGGACUCAAGAUCAACACAUACAGAGCGCUGCAAACCUUCACUGGAAUGGCUUGAUGAGGAAGCCAUGACCCUGAUGGGGCCUUACCUCUCCCUUCUGACACCUGACGAUGUUGAUUCUUCUCCCAAAGAAAAGCUAUGCGCCGUUUUCCUCUCAGCCAAGUUAAAAAGCAGCUUGAGCAGAGCAACCCAAAUGAAUCCCAGGCUGGGCAAAAAAUUUCUCCAAAAAGUUCAGGAGUGCUUCAGCGGAAAGACGGGGCUUCAGGAGCAUGUGGAUAAGCUUGGCACACUGGCUUGUUAUUAUUACGAUGCUCCAGACUUGAACGCUGACCUCAGCCAGAAACUCCUGUCUCAGCUUGACAACUGCGACGACCCCAGAAUCACACAGCUGAAGAAGCGCCUCAUCAACUCUGUGAUGUCAAAUUCCAGCACUGCCCAAGCACUUCUUGAGCUGGGCAGUAGUGUUACCUUGUUGUCUCCCAACCAACUGUCCACACUCUCUAGCACAGAUCUCAAAGAGGUUCUCAAAAAUCUGGGACCCAACAUCCAGUGGACACAGAGCCAGCUCCACACUCUGGUCAAGAAACAACUGGGUGACAAGAGGUGUAAAGAGGUGUCACGUGAGGAGCUGAUGGCCCUUCAGCCAGUUGUAGGAGGUUUGCCGAGCUGUGUGCUCAAGCACCUCAAAGCCCGGGAGAUCCUGAAUGAUACAGAGGCUCUGAAGAACAUCUCCAAGGGGAUGAGGAAGGGGCAGCUGAAGGCCAUGCUGCAGGGGCUGCGUGAGGAUGUGGAUCCCUCAGAGCUGGUGCAGAAAUUGUCCGGCCCUUUGCUUCUCAGCAUUUCUCUAAGCAGCCUGAAAAAAGCAAACAUCACCUCUCUGGACCAAGUGGAGAAUAAAAUGUGGAGUCAGCCUCAGGCUGCAUACCUGGCAAAAAAGAUGCAAGAUCUAAAUCAGUUUCAGUACAGGAGGCUGCGUUCAGUCCUCCAGGGUGUAACGUGUAAGAUGAUUGACAAAGUUGCUGACAGUGACACGCAGGACAUGGCUCAGGCCAUAUCAGAGACUCCACAGUGGCUCUCCAAAGUGCAGGCAGGAUGCGCUGCCCGAAAGCUUUUUGCGACUUUGGAGAAAGAGAGAGCUGACUAUUUCAAAACCAUCACAGGGGAGGAGCUGGAUAAGAUUCCUGCAUUCUUACUCAUUCACCUGCUGCCUUCCCAGGUGAAGGACUUGCCUGACUCUGUGUGUCCCAUGUUCCUCGACAAGAUGGAAGUGGCCAACUUGAGCUCAUUACCCCUUCGUGCCCCAUCUCGCCCUGCACUCACCCAGAGGGCUCUGCGUUGUCUUGCCAAUGGGGAAGAUUUAUCCAAACUGACCACUGAGGAUGUAUUCAGGCUUGGACAGCUCUUGUGUGAGAUGUCGGCUUCCCAGCUGCGCCUCAUGGCCCCUGAUGUCAUCAACUCCAGCCUCCAGGCCAUGGCUUCCUGCCACCACAUUCCUCAAGGCCACAGGGAAGAUCUAAUUCAGCUGAUCAACCAGACUUUUGGGGAUCCAUCUGACUGGUCCGCUGAAACUAUGGAAGCACUUGGUCCUGUCCUCUUUUUGGAUGAUAAUGCCACAUCUGCUCUGCCCAGUAAGCCUUGGAUGAAGGAUGUUCUCUAUUUUCUGAAGUCACGCCUAUCCCACGCCUCAGACACCUUGAACAAGAAGUUAUUUGAUCUCACCACCACCACCACAUCAAAUACAGCACGUAGAAAGAGAGCAGCUAACAUUGACAAUAAUGGUAAUGCCAACGGUAAUGGUAACAGUGACAGUGGCACUGACAAUACCAGUGCUGAAAAACAACCCACUGUGGAGUUGAUUCAAGAAUUGGGAAUGGACAACAUCUACUGGACACCUGCACAGCUGGACAUGAUUUCAAAGGACACUUUCCUCAAUACUAUAGAAACACUUGGGGCCAUCUCUGGCUACAAUGACGACCAACUGGCCAUGCUCAGUAAAAAAGCAACUGAGGCCUUUGGCCCAGUGUCACAGAUGAAUGAGACUGUGGUGAUGCAGAUGGGAUGUAUAACUCAGGGCUUCUCUGAUGCAGACCUGAAGCGUCUCCCCUUCCCUCUGGACGCUAUGGAGCAAAUUGCCCACUGUGGCUGGAAGGAGUCACAGAUGGAGCCGGUGUGGAGAGGUGUUGCUGAUUAUAACAAUCUGACAGCGCAACAGCUGGGAGCUGCAGAGAUGGUUGCACUAAACCAGUUCAUCUGUGGCCUCAGCUCCAGCGAGAUUCAACAGCUCAACAAGGAAGAUUUCAAGGAUGCCGUGGGCUCAUUGGAUGGUAUCCAGUGCUCCUUCAAGGUUAUGCAGCAGUUGAAAAGUCUUGCUGUGUCAGCGUUUGGAGACCCCAGCAACUGGACUGAAGCGCAGGUGUCUGACUUUGGCAACAUCAUUGCUGGAUUGGAUGCAACUGGGUUGGCCUCUUUGGACCCGUCUGUCUUUUCAUUUCUCAGGAAAACGUGCAUCCCGCUUAUACCACCAGACAACUUUGCUGCACUCUCUGUUGCUCAGCUGGAGGCUCUUGGUCCUGACAACGCUGCCCUGGUAACCACUCAACAGCGAGCUGCACUAAGAGACGAGCAGCGGGCCGCACUUGAAAAGGCUAUGACCGGGUCCCGUGAGCAAACAUCAAACAGUGAGCUUUCAGGAGCUCCAUCGCUGAGUGUCGAAGGGAUCUCGGCUUACAUGAAGCCCCUUCUGUUUCUCCUCAUGGGCUUCCUGCUGCUGUGAGACCAGAGUUAUCACAUCCAACAGCAAAACCUGCAGGAGCUUUAGCUAAACACACACACAGCCUUGUUUCUAUUAUAUAUUUCAAUCACAUUCUUUUACUAUAACACAUGUGACACUAUGUAACUCUUCGAGCAUAUCUUAUUUGUGAUGAAGACGUUUCUUGUAGAUUGAUCGUCUGAGAUCAUUUAGGAGUGUACACAACGCAACAUAAUCAAAUGACCUGGUAAGAUGUGUCAGGAUUCCUUACGAUUACUUGUUAUUAAGGUCACAUUUAAAUAUUCUAUCUCUCUAUAUUUAUGAUAAAGUAUAUUUUAAUAGAAUGAAGAGGAAUAUUUAAUGC